AGAGUAAUCUAUCAGGGGCAAAAAGCAGGAAGAUAAGAAUAAGUUAUGCAUGAAUUCUAGUCAGAAGUUAUGAGCUUGAGAACUGUCACCCUGAGGCAAAAAAUCUACAUACAUAUGUAUUUAUAUACUUUCAACAGUGGGAACAUAAUCCUAUUCCUAUCCCUCCCCCCAUCUGUAAAGUGGACUCUUCCACUUCCCAUCAGCAGCUGACAUCAUGCAAGUGCAAGGUCAGUAUAGCUGAGAGAGCUGAUGGCUGCUCAAAAUCAAUAAGGAGUAAAUUUGAAGCCAUUUACACAGUCAAACAAUUCAGCAGAACAUGAGGAUAUUCAACCAUAAGGGAUUGUAGAAAAUGUUUCUGCUCUCCCGAGAAUGAGAAGAUAAAACCCACUCCUAAUCCAAGGGGUUAAACAAGGAUGGUCUCAGCAAAGUUUCUGGUUUUGUUGGCCAUCUACAUUCAUGGAGGAACCAGCCAGGAGACUUGUCCCUCUGGCUGUAACUGUGAUUUUACAUAUCCUGUGACUGUUAACUGUUCCAGCCGACGGUUGUCAUCCAUUCCUGCCGAUAUCCCAGAAAAUGCUUCGGUUCUAUUACUCAAGGGGAACCAUCUCUCGGAUCUCGGGGGGCUGCUGCCCCUCCAGAAUCUACAAGUGCUGGACGCUAGUGACAAUGACAUUACAAACACUGACUGUGAUAUAGGUUCAAUGAAAAAUCUUCUCAAGUUAAACUUACAGGGCAACAAGUUGAAAACUUCUCCAAACUUACAAAACUCUGUGUUGACUUGGCUGGAUAUCUCAGGAAACAAUAUAGAGGGUCUCAAUGCCAGUCAGUUUUCACUGUCUAACUUAACAUUUCUUAAUGUCAGCCACAAUCCUUUGAGUGUUGUUUCGGACCAGCUUUUUGAAUACCUGACAGACUUGCAGGUACUAGACAUAAGCAACACUUCUUCCCCCUGGACAGGUAGCCUUUCGCUCGAAAAUUUAUCAAGUCUUAGAGAAAUCUACCUUCGUAGGAACUUAUUUGAACAGUGCUCCAAUGAUACUUUGUUGCUAAACUCUAGUCAUCUAGAAAUCAUAGAUCUCAGUGAUAACAAACUCAUCUACCUGGAGAAUUGUACAUUCCGCCAAUUGCCAAACCUGAAACAGCUUUACUUGGAUGGAAACAAUAUCAGUGAUCUUUCUGAGCAAAGUUUACAGUCAUUGCCAAUGUUACAAGUGCUUUCACUCAAUGGAAAUAAAAUAGCAACAAUUCACCACCCAGUCUUUCAGUCCUUGUCUAGUCUUCGCACGCUGUCACUCAGCAACAUGCCACUGUUGUUUUACCUCAGCAAGAAGACGUUCGCUGGUCUCGAGAACCUGAGAGUCUUAGAGCUGAGCAAUAACCCUCACCUGUCUUACAUCUCGGAGGAACUGGUCAGCAACAUGAGACACUUGCAGAGUCUCAACCUGAGUAAUAACAACAUAUCAAUUCUUGCCGAGCCUAUGUUCCCACCAUUAACUUCCCCCCUGAACAUUGACAUAUCCGGCAAUAACCUUGUGUGUGAUUGUCACAUUCACUGGAUCAGUGCACUCCUACGAGUCAAUGAAACUACCAUCACUUUCACAGAUCCCCAGAACUUAACCUGCACUCUAAAUGGAUCCACAGUCUCACACUUACUUAUCCUAGAGGACAGUCUUCCUUGCCCAGAAUCAAGUGUACAACAAGAUCAGUUCAGGGUAGACACUCCUCUUGGAUCCUCCACACGGAUACAUUGUCCCUAUGAUGGAGACCACCCACCCAAAAUAACCUGGAUUACGCCCCGCCAUGUUCAGCUGGUAUAUUACAACAACCAUGCGCUGGCCCAUUGGAACUAUCCCUCUAUAUCCGAUGUUCAAAACAAUGGCUCAUUCCAUGAGGACCACUACUGGCAUGAAUCGGACAGCUACUAUCCAGAAUUAGCAGAGAAUCCCAACAGAAUUGUUGUCCUUCAGGACGGAUCUCUUUACAUUGACUAUGUACUGCGCAUUGAUUCUGGCCCAUAUCAGUGUAUUGUGGAGACACCACUCAACAAAAGCACAUUACAGAUUCUGCUACGACUUGACUAUCAGAGGUUCGUGGACGUCAAGAUAUUCAGUUUGUUUGUUGGACUCGGGUGUGCUGCUUCAUUUUUCAUGCUUAACCUGAUUUAUGUCUUCAUUGCUGCAGCAGCACGGAAAUGCAUCAGUCAGCGCAGAAGGGAAGCAAUUAUGCAAUUCCUGGAGAGUUUUGACCAAUACAAAACAAAUAAACUAUCAUCUCUUCGCGACAACUACAAUGGUCAAGUCACACGAAUCAGAGAGACAUACAAUAACCGAAUGACCAAGCUUCGUGAAAACUACAAUACUCAAAUGACCCGAUUAAGGGAGGGUGCAUCUCAUAUCAAAGAGGGAACAACACAUCGAGUGGACAUCAUCAAAGACAAAUACCAAAUCAAACAGCGAAAACUUCGAGAAUAUAGCUCUCAACAACUCCAUCAAUUACGUGAUGCAUAUAACACUCAAUUACUGAAGGUGCGUGAAUAUGGAUCUCUGCAGCUUGGCAAAGUGCACAAGAAGUACAAACUCAAACAGAAGCACAUGAUCAAACUGUUGGACACGAUGAACAUAGAAAAUUGUCGGACAGUCCUUGAAAGUGAGUGCGUGCGGACCGAUUCCAUGCUGUUUGAGACAGAUGACAUUCUUUGCACUCCCGAGUCGAGAUCAAUCAGCUCAGACGAGUAUCUCACAGCUGACUCAAAGAACUCGUCCAAUAACGCCAGCAUUGAGAAUUUGCAGGACCCUGAUCCCAGUGAGACGCAACACAAUAUGGAGAAUGGACAUAUCGUUGUCCAUGACUUUGAUGAAGAGGAUUCACAGAUUGGCUUUUCUCCGGCAUCAUCAGUUUUUUCCAUUGAGGAUGUCAAUCAGUGUCACUUUACUAUUCAACAUGGUGCAGAAAACGAGGAGGGAGAGGAGCAAGAGGAGCAAGAGAGUCAGGAUAUAGUAGCUCAAAGUUCAGUGUAAUUGUGUUGAUUAUUAUUGCGUGCAAUGUUAUCUCUACAAAAAUACUUUGCAUCAAAACAUGUUUGUGUAUAUUGAUUGUCCUACAUGUGAUAUGUUUGUGUUUAAUGGAAGAGACCCAAUCUUCACCUGACUCAUCAACAGUUAUACAUGCACUACUCGAUAUCAAUUAAUGAUACUUAAGCAUCACAGAACUUAUGUUAAUCAUUUAUUGUUGAUCCAAUUGUUGACCUACGAGCCUUGCACCUAUACUCUGUUUCUAAGCUAUUUAAUAUUCAGAUAAGUGCGAGUUGUAGCUAUUAAAUGUUUUCAAGAGACAAUGUGUUCAAAGUACAAGUCUAUAUAUGGUGGAGUCUAUAUAUCAAUCUAGUCUGUUACCUAAGGAGAGUUUGAAAACAUCACCUCUUUUGUUGUUUUUUUUUGUGAGAAAUAAAUCUAUGUUUACACAAA